UGAAAAUCAUAAGGAAGCCAUUUUACAGAUCAAAAUUUUGCUUCACAUUUUGAGCUUUUGCAUAAAAUCUACUCAUAGGAAUCAAAUAACACUUAUCACGAUUUACGUGUCACAUUCAUAUUUAUAGUUUUUGAUAUGGAACUCAGUCAAAAAAUACGUUACCUCAGUAAACAGAGUGAGUUUACUGUACAAAAGUCUUGAAACAUGGACCACCAAUAUGAUCCGGAAUCUCUCGGCUAAAUACGGCGGGAAAAUUCUAUGAAUUCAUUGGUCGGAUUUGAAUAGCGGAAAUAUCCGAUGUAAAGGUUAACUUUCAAGGUCAUCUGUGGAACCCAAGGCAGGAUGAUAUUUGGGAGGAAAACUAGAGAUACUCAGAGAACAGCCUUUCCCAAAGCAACCAGUCAGCAAGAUCCUCCCAAAGACACGACAGCAGCUACUUCUAAGACUACAGACAAAUCUAAACCAUUAUCAAGCAAAGGUGCUUCUGAUGCUUACAAGAAAGCUGUUGAAGAGAGCUAUACAACUGGACUGAGAGACGUUAGAACCACCACUCUCUUUAGGGUUACCAACUUUGAACUUUUUGUAAAACCAAAUGUGAUUGUUAUGGGCCUUGGUCUGGUGGCUAUAACAGGCUGUGUGGCAUUCUUGGCUUACAUGAACGCAACUCAGGAGAACAAGCAGUAUUACGCUGAGAAUGAGGAUGGCACUUCAACUCUUAGAAAGAAAACUUCACGUUGGGACUAAAUUAGGCGCAAUGGGAGAACAUAUCACAUUGAAUACUGGUGCAAAGAUGCCUUUAAUAGGCCUUGGAACCUUCCAAACCAAAGGGGAAGAUAUCGUUCACAAGACUAUUGAAUCCAUUUUGAAAAACGGCUACCGGUCAAUUGACACAGCAGGUGGUUACAAAAAUGAGGCAGACAUUGGAAACUCAUUAAAAGAACUUCUGCCAAAAUAUGAUUUAACAAGAAAAGAUUUGUUUAUUACAAGUAAACUUCCACCAAAAGAUCAGGGAUAUGAUAAUUGUCGGACAUCUUGUAUGACAUCACUUGAAAACCUUCAGAUGGAAUACCUGGACUUGUAUCUAAUUCACUGGCCUGGAACCCAAAAAAUGAAACAUGACGAUGUACGAAAUGUUCAGAAUCGUAAAGAAAGCUGGAUGCAAAUGGAAACUUUAUUAAAAGAAGGUAAACUGAAAUCAAUUGGUGUGUCCAACUAUACUCUGAACCACAUGGAGGAACUACUUAGUUUUUGCACUAUCAAACCGGCUGUUCUUCAGAUUGAACACCACCCCCAUUUAGUGCAAAAAGAACUCGUUGAAUUCUGUCGAGAUAACGACAUUCAUUUCCAGGCAUAUUCAUCCCUGGGCACAAUGAUGGAAGACAACAAACUAUUAAAUGACCCUCUUGUUGUUGAAAUUGCCAACUGCUACACAAAAACUCCAGCUCAGAUACUUUUGAAAUGGGCUGUACAGCAGCAUAUAGGGGUCAUCCCAAAGUCUACAAAUCCUGUUCAUAUUGCUGCAAAUAUUGACAUUUUUGAUUUUGAGUUGAGCAGCUUGGACCUACAGAGAUUAACUGAGUUGGACAAACAACAUCAUUAUUGUUGGAAUCCAAUUACUAUUGUGUAAAUUAUGACUUGUAUUGCAAUAUUCUCGAAAUAUAAAUUUGGUGGCAGUGGGGACUACCAAUGGUAAUUUUGCUGUAUUGGUCUACAGUUAAAGGGGAUUGCACCCACUUGAGGAAAAAUCCUUUGGAGAACCCUGACAUGAUAUAAUCUGAUAAUUGAAGACCCAACACAACUUAACACAACUUAAUUUAGAAAUAAAAAUCAUUAGAACAUUACUCACUCACUUGCUCAAAUAUGACACAAAGUUUGAUUUGCUUUAAUAUUGAACCAAGAAAAAAAUAACGCACAUAGAAAAAAGCAUUUGAAGUUCAGAGAUCAUUAGACAUGCAUGCACAUGUUAAACAAAGUGCAUGUUUUAAAUUACUAUUGAUUGAAAAGAUGGCGACACUUA